UCACGGCAUUACCCACAUGAGUGUACGCCAAGCGUGCGAGCGCACUAUUCUUUCCACUAGACUGUGUAAUUGUGCCCCAUCCACAGUUUGUGUAUUUCGACAUUUCUGUUCUCUUAUACAUAGACUGAUGCGGAUAGUUGACAACGCGUCGACGUUGUAACGCAAUCUUAAACGCAUUUGACGUUGCGAUAGCUGGGACCGUCAGCAUUGAGAUUGACAUAGACUAAAAGCAUGUCGGGCGGUGGUUUUCACACAGUACUUGUAGAAAGAGCUGUCUUAAAUGAAGGAACCGAAGAUGAAGUGGACUUGCAUGGGUAUCAGCAGAGUAAACUGAAAACAUGUCUUUGUUAUAUUCUUGGAAUACUGACAGUUGGGAUGCUCUUUUUGAUUUUCUACUGGAAACCAGAAUGGAGGGUAAAGGCCAUGUCCACGCGGAGUUCACUUCAGGACGCCGAUACCAUCAUCCUAAAGAGGAUAGGCCCUAGGGGACUAGAUGUCAAUACACAUACGGGUUCUUUCUACAGCCACUAUAAUGGCUUCUCUGCUAGAGAACAGAAGGAACGGCAUGAAUUGUACGGCGCAAAUAAAAUAAAUGUGGAGCUAAGACCUAUUCCCGUUUUGUUUGUCCAAGAGGCGUUAAACCCGUUUUACGUAUUCCAAGUAUUUAGCGUCUGUUUAUGGAUUUUUGCCUACAACUAUAUAUAUUUCUCAGUUGCUAUUCUUAUGAUGUCACUGGUAUCGAUUUCGUUGACAGUUUAUAGUACCAGGAAGCAAAGUAAAGAUCUAAGGGAAAUGGUAAAGUCGUCUUCAACCGUUACCGUUUGCCGAGGUGGGACACAGUUUGAGAAUGUUGAAGAAAGUAAUUUGGUUCCCGGUGAUGUUAUUGAGCUACCGAUUCGCGGAUGCAAAAUGAGUUGUGACGCUGUCCUAAUUGGUGGAACCUGUAUCAUGAAUGAGAGUAUGCUAACAGGUGAAUCGGUACCAGUCAUCAAAACAAAUCUGCCUGUUGACCGUGACGUACCUCCAGAGAAAAGUCCCAUCUAUAGUUCAGAGGUACACAAAAGACAUACAUUAUUCUGUGGUACCGAGCUCCUACAGGCAAGGCGUAGCGGACGUGAUAAGCUACUUGCUGUUGUAGUACGAACAGGUUUUUCAACAAGCAAGGGUGCAUUGGUACAAGCUAUUCUCUAUCCCCGACCAAUGGACUUUAAGUUAUUUCGUGACGCAAUUCGGUUCAUAUGUGUUCUUGCCUGUCUUGCAUUCAUUGGCGCAAUUUACGUCAUAACCAUUAAAAUAGUACACGAGAACUCAGUGAAGGAAAUCAUAAUAAAGGCUCUAGAUGUAUUCACGAUUGCCGUUCCACCCGCCUUGCCAGCCGCAUUAACAAUCGGUAUGGUGUACGCUCAGCGCAGGCUAAAGGCUCUCGGAAUCUUCUGCAUCAGCCCUCAGAGAAUAAACAUUAGUGGGAUGCUGAAUGUCGUCUGUUUCGAUAAGACUGGCACUUUAACCGAAGAUCACCUUGAAUUAUUUGGCGUCUCACCCGUAAAGACAGAAAUUCUAUUGAACUAUUUCCGAAGUUGCAGCGACGUGAAACCGGUCAUCGAUAACUCCAGUUUUAUGAUGAUUGAAGACGCCACAAGACUUCCAUUUGGGCCUUUUGUCGUUGCUAUGGCGACAAGUCACUCGUUAACAAUGAUUGACGGAGAACUACACGGUGAUCCUCUAGACUUGCAGAUGUUUCAAGCAAUCCAGUGGCAUCUCGAAGACGCCUCAGAAGACGACGAUACUGGAUUUUCCAUCCCCGUCCACACGAUUGUCCGACCACCAGCUCAUCAGCUAAAUGGUAGUGUUACCCCAUGGGAAAAAGAUGGAAUUAAAGAGAUCGGAAUUAUUCGCCAAUACCCGUUUGCGUCGGAUCUUCAGCGAAUGAGUGUUAUAACUCAAAAGGCUGGUUCUCCUGAUAUGGAAGUGUAUGUGAAGGGUUCUCCGGAAAUGGUUGCUUCACUCAGCGAUCCGAACACGGUUCCUGAGGAUUUUUAUUCAGUGCUACGCGAGCACACUUAUCAUGGCCUGCGUGUUUUGGCAUUGGCAUGGAGACCAUUAGGUGAAAGACUACCAUGGGAAAAACUGCAGAAUUUGCAAAGGGAUAAAGUGGAAUGCCAACUGCGUUUUCUUGGAUUACUUAUAAUGCAGAAUACACUGAAGGCAGAAACUACUCCAGUCAUACAAGAAUUAAAGGACGCCAACAUCAGAACCAUUAUGGUUACUGGUGACAACAAGUUAACUGCACUGAGUGUUGCGAAGAAAUGUGGAAUGAUAGGCAAAAACGAGAUGGUAAUAGAAAUUGAAGCUACGCCACCAACGUCAGAAGGACAAGCCAAGAUUGCUUACUAUCCAGUCCAUGAUACAACCAAAUGCAGUCCUGCUCAUAGCUCCUCUACUGAAGGAAAUAGUCGUAUUGUGUCGAAUGAAAGUAUCGCCAUUAACAUUUGUGAUGGCAAACCUUCAAUUCCGGACUCAUACCAUUUUAUAGUUGACGGAAAAUCUUUUGCCGCCAUACACGAAUUCUUUCCGGAGAUAAUACCUAAAGUUGCGUUAAAGGGAACUGUGUUUGCACGCAUGAGUCCAGACCAAAAGACGCAGUUGGUUGAAGCACUUCAAAAACUUGAUUACAUAGUUGGCAUGUGUGGUGAUGGAGCUAACGAUUGUGGCGCCCUCAAAAUGGCACAUGCUGGAAUAUCGUUAUCUGAAGCCGAAGCAUCGGUAGCAUCACCAUUCACAUCAAAGACACCGAAUAUCAGCUGCGUACCUACGCUUAUCAAUAAACUUAAAUACAUGGCUCUCUACAGUAUGAUCCAGUAUACGACAGUAUUGAUAUUGAACUCGAUUGAUUCGUUUCCAAGUGACUGGAUGUUUAUGUACUGGGAUGUAGCUAUCACUUCCAUAGUUGCCCUUUUGAUUGCCCGAAAUGAAGCUUUUCCAAAGAUAGUUUCUAAGCGACCUCAGAGUGGUCUAAUGGAGCCCGCUAUGCUGUUUUCUUUGAUCGGUCACGUGAUUCUACAGCUAAUGUUCCAAGUCGGCAGCUUUCUGAUCGUUAAAGCACAGCCCUGGUUCGUACCCUUAGUUGUGGACAAGAAUAAGACGGCGAACACCAAAGGUUACGAAAGCACAACCGUGUUCCUUGUAUCGGCGUUCCAAUAUAUUAUUGCUGCGUUCUUGUUUUCCAAAGGCCCUCCAUUCCGGGCACCAAUAUACACUAAUGUACUCUUCACCGUCAGUCUAAUAUUUAUGACUCUGUGCACCACGUUCCUUCUGUUUUUACCGGGUGGUGAAUGGGCAGAUAAAAUCAGGGAAUUCUUUGAUGUAAGUACGAUAAUCGUUUAUUUGAAUACUGUAUACAAUUUACAAAGAAAAAAAAAGCAUAAACCCACUGAUGGGAAAUGGUAUACGUCAUCCAAAGAUCAUCUGUAUUUUCAAUUCGUCAUUCUCGGGAUCGUUAUCGUCUACUUUCUUCUUGCUACUUUGCUGGAGGUUUAUGUGAAAGGAAGCAAGGUGACCAAGCGAUUGUUUGCUUGUAGUGGUUCUGAUGGAUCUGAGACCAGCGCUCACGCCACGGUACAGAAAGAAAUACAAGAAGACACCUCUUGGCCUACGGUCACAUAUCGACCGAGAGCACGUACAAGCAGUAUGCGCAAAGAAACUGAGAGCCAACUCUGAUAAAGCUACCUUAAUACAUUUCAUUUAAAGCGUCACGUACACAGCCUCAUUAUUGCGUACUUGUGCACAUAAAUAGACUCUGGCUCGUGAGACCAGAUACCUUUAAUUGAAGAAAACUUUUAGUAGUCAUGCUCAUAACAAGUUAAUAUUGCGUAUGCUCAUAAUUUACGAAAACGAAAUUUGAAUUUAAUGUCGCAAGUAUGUACAAAAUAUAGAUAUUAAGUAUUUUAUAUUACGGGCAAAAUAUAUCAGGAAAUGUACAGAAAACAAAGUAAUGUAAUUGUACUUGUGAUUUGAUCCGCUGAAAAAAAAAUUCGCUUUAAUCACUCAACCUGAUAUUCUAGCGGUUCCCUAUAGUACCAUUAGCAUUUACUAUCGAAACGAUUCUUUAAAAAUAUUAAUACUUUGCGUUCGGAGUUUGUCAAUGUAUGAAAUAUAAGAUCACGUUUGAAAGUGAGUUUAUUUCAGGUUAGAUAGCGAUACAUUCAUUGAGCAGUGAUUUGGUAUAAUUGAAUUUUAAAUUGUAAGAAGAUGAACAUUUAAAAUAGUGAUUGGAAAGUUAUUGUAAAUCUACUGUUAAUACAUCAGUAGUAUUUAAUACUUGCUAUCGAAAUUGAUUUUUGUCACCGUUAGGGUUCAUCAUAUACAUUUAGUUAAUUAUUUGAAACAUGUAAUGAUUAUUUGUUAAAUGAUUUUAGGCUUAUUUGCCACUUUAGUGGGUGAGCGAUAAUUGCAUUUAACUGUUAAGCAUCUUCAACGUGUAGGUCUAGUGUUAACGUAAAUGUAGUUGCAAAAAGAUAGAUACGUGAGCUUGUCUCCGCCGCAAGGUUGGUGAUGAAAUGAUCAAUUUCUCUUUUUUCUGAUAGACAUCACUUACAAAGGGCCUAAAGUACAAGAGAUCAAAGGGUUAACACUGAACGUCCCAUGAAAAAAAACUGAUGCCCUAUAGUAAAUUAGGCCUACAUCCACACAUUGAGAUUGGCCGGAUUGUGUAUGUGGGGAUUUGGGUAGUGGGUGUGUUCGAUGAUUAUGUAUUGUUUGUAUGUGGUAAAUUGGGAGUCGAAUAACCUCCUUGUUAAGCGCACAAAAGUUUCAACAUGGAGCUUCAUUUUAACCAACUGAAACUACGAUGCCAUCUCAUAAUAGGUGUAACUGUAUUUCUGUUUUUUUUUUGUUUGUUUGUUUUUGUUUUUGUUUUUGUUUUUGUGUAGUAUGAAAUUUUCAAUUUAGUUAUUAGGCCUGUACCGUAUUCUUGUUUAUAUCCUUGUCUACCAAUGCAUUCUAUAAUUAGAUAUUACUCUAAAUCAGUGUAUUAAAAAUAGUAAAGUAAGAAUCCAUUCCAAAUAAACGUCUGGUAGUGUAGUGGAUACCAUGAAGCCUAAACAUUAUGCCUUAAAUUUUAUACUGUUCUCUGUCAGUGCAACUAUUAUUAAUUUUUUAAAGAAAAUGAAAUAAUACAUUAUUAUUGUAUUCACUAAUCAUUUAAAAAAUCCCCUGAUUUGCACUACAGUUCAACUUGUAUUAUACAGGCUUUGUAUUAUAAACAUUAUUAUAGCGCCCUCAAACCGAAAACCCCACUGCCGGCCACUUUCGAGGUCAACUUAGGCAAACGAUUGGCGAACGUGUAUUUAAACAAAAGCAAUAAACGGGAAUUUAAUUUAUUAGUGUAUUAAACUGUAUUAUAGCAGUAAUGGUGCGACGAAUACUUAAAAAAUAUCGGUACGCGUGACGUUGUAUUAUGUUUACAGUGCGUUCCAUGUUUUACAAUAUUUAAACGCUCGUUCAGGUUAUACAUAUCGCGCUGUGCAUUAUGAUAUGUCAAUGACGAUGAUAAAAACCCCUGGUUUUAAUUUAUGUAAACAUUAACCCGUUUUAGUGUUCAAAAUAGAAUAUUCAAAAAAAUAUAUUGUUUUAGCCAUAUAUUUUGUAAGAUCAUAAAUAUGAUAGUAAUAAAAUAGACAAUACAUGACAACAAUACAGUACGAGUUAAGUUCUGAAUUUCGAAAGUCGUUAUUUUUGUCUCAGAAAUAUAGUUUGAAUUGGGAAAACUGUAGGUCUAAUUUCUUAACCUGUAUGUGGAGGUCGUUAGUGCUGUAUGCAUAGUUCUUCAUUGUUUAUGUGUGGUGGAGCAUUCUGUCAUUAACUUAGUAUAAAUCAUAUUAUAUAACUACAGUGUAUAAUUAGAAGGUGAGUUGGCAUUGAAUGCAUACUCUGAUAGUCGGCCUAGUAUGAAUUAAUGUGUCUUAUGAGGUUUCUUAUUUAUGGCACCAGAAAUGUUAUGCACACUAAAUCCAACCAUGUUGGAUAUGUUGUAUUGUUUGUUGGUUAUAUUUGUAGGGUCUCUCAUAAAUAUACGAUUCACCUUAGAGAAUGUGAUUUAAUUUUUUAUAUACUAUAUUUGUAAAGUUAUAUGUAUUAUAUUAUUCUGUUUGCCUCUGUGGUGUUAGUAUAAAUAAUUCAUUUGUAGACUACAAAUUAUUGAUAAUACAAACUUCGAGUUUGAGGUAAUAUGUCAUUCUUUUUCAUUUACUCUGUGGAAUAUAACAUACAAUGUAGUUUUCUUCAGUUUUGUAGUAUUUAAACAUCCUGAUACCUGUAUCUUGGUAGCAUUGCAUAAUGAAAAACAAUUAAUAUUUCAUAGACAACGCCUACAAAUAAGUGAACAGUAGUAAUUUUAUCCCUAGUUUAACAAAGCAGAUUACCUCAUUGCUAUAGUCAAGUUAUAUAUUGCGGAUGUAGAAUAAUUUUAACUAAAACGGUCCGUUCACCAAAGUGUCUUCUUGUUUUAAGCUAUGUAACCGGUUUGUAGCAUAGAAUUGGAUUGUUGUAAGAAGGCAGUUGUUGUUGUAUAAAAGGUAAUUAUCCGUUGACCUAUCCGAUAUCGGGCCGUCCGGUAAACCCUUCUUUGAUAUAGUUACUCAAUUUCCUUCCACAAAAUGACAGCGUACACGUACGUACACGUGUGUGAUUGCGGGACAUGCGAGUUUUUUUUCUGGACCUGUUUGGUUGGUUAGGCCUCUCUGUUAAGUUUCACUGAUACUCUAGAGUGGUCAUUUUCAAUACACGGCCUAGGGUACUAACAUCAUAAUUUUGUAAUCAUUAUUCAAUGUGAUUGCAAACACGAACCGAGUCUCUCAAGAAAAAGACUGUUCUUUCGACACCAUCUUUUUAUGACAAAGUAUUUGUGAUAGUCUUAAUAAUGCCACGGGUUGUGUCACAUAAAACUUGAUAAUGAAUAAAGUCGAAGAGUAUAGAA